AUGAGCAAGGCUCAGACGUCAAGAGUGAAGAGGAACCACACCAGAGUGAAGAGGCUCACGACUACAAAGAGAGAAGUCGAGGAAAUCCUUUACAGUGGGCGUCACGCCGUCGAUCAUGUCUACUACUUUGACGGAGGUCGCCGGAUCCCAAGCAGUCAACAAAACAACAUUGGAACAAGCCUAGACAACGACCCAACCCAGGCGCCCCUCCCUAUGACGCGAGAUGAUGUUGAUGAUUCGGCGGAAAACGACGACCUCGAUGCCAUCCUACAAGCUAUCCAGUCCAGUAAUAGUAGCCGACCAGCUGCACCUGGGCCACGAUCGAUCGCUAUUGACGAGUCGGUUCCAAACGCCCAGCAAGAGACGAUCAAUCAGGAAGCUGAACCAGCUUCCCACUUUAAGUUCUAG